UGUUCAGACAAGCAGACCUCAGUUUAUACCAGCCAGAAAUAACAAAGAUGAACAGAAGGAUGAUCUUUCUUGUUCUUCUCAUCGCUGUAGUGCCCUGUACUGCCAAAGAUUUUCCUGCUCCAGUGAUAAAACUGAACUCCACUCCACUCAAGCACUCUGAGGUGGUCUGGACAGCUCAAAAGUCUUUUAGUCUCAGAUGUGAUGGACAGGAUGUUGUCACAUGGAAGACCAGGCUUAGAGGACACCAGAAAUUUGUCUCAAAAAAUGUCCUCACUGUCAAAAACCCCAGUGCAGAACACACAGGAACAUACCGGUGCAGUUACAAGAACCAAUCAGACCUUUACUCAGAAAUCCACAUAUUUGUUACAGAUUAUGUCAGAGCCUUUACUACCCCUCAAAUGCCAGUAAUAAUUACAAAAGAAGGCUCAAACUGCUUACUGGACUGCUUGGUAACAGAGCCAGAGGGUACUGAAUUCUCACUCCAGAUGAUUAAUGGAUCUUCUGUUCCGUCUGGGAUGAAUUAUACUGUGGAUCCCAAAAGUGGCAUCCUUAUACAAAACCUUCAGCCCAGCUAUAGCGGCAACUAUGUUUGUAGUGUGAAGAUUCAUGGAGUCCAAAAGAUGUCCGAACUCUUCCAAAUCACUGUCUUAAAAAAAGCACAACAGCCACCAUCUGUGUUACUUGAGGCAGAUCGGUAUGUGCGUAUUGUUGGUGAAACACUGCAGAUCCCUUGUUACACUGCAAACCAAGACCAUUCGUAUAACAUCUCCUGGAGUUCAUCGAAAAAGGUAUUUAAACAGGAAACAAAGAGAGAUGAAAAGUGUGAACACGUUUGCAUUACUAGUGUUUUGACCAUUCUUCAAGUUAACAUGUCCGACACUGGGAAUUUCACUUGCACUAGCCAGAAUGAAGCUGGAAAAAACAGCAGCACAACAUCUCUCACAGUUGUAGAUAAACCCUAUAUUAAACUCAAACCUAUCCUGCACUCUGAAUACAGGGUGAAUGGCACAGAUAUUGAGGUGACGGAAGGGGAAUUGGUUGAACUUAGUGUGCAAAUUGAAGCUUAUCCAGAAAUCAAAUGGACGUGUUGGAAAUCUCCCAAAUGUAACAACACAUGCACCCAUGAGGAAACAUGUCACAGGAUUAUUAACAGUAACCACAAUAUAUCCACUAUCCUGCUGAGAAGAGUAAGAGCACAAGACUAUGGUCACUACAUCUUUGACUCAAGGAGUGCCAGUGUCAAUGCCUCAAUUAUUUUUAGAGUUCAUGUGUACCAGAAACCCAAUACUGUAAUUAAGUGGGAAAAUGGAAUUGCAACUUGUGUUGCAACUGGUUAUCCUACACCUAGAAUUCAAUGGUUCCAAUGUAAAGAAGCCAGUGCUCUGUGUAGUUACAACAAUACAUCAUCUGUGGAAUUAAUGGUGACCCAGUCAACACUGGAGCACAUCAAAGAGCAUGAACCAGUGCUGGUGGAGAGUGUGUUACCAAUAACUAAUGCAAAUAUUACUUUAACCUAUGGGUGUGUGGCUACAAACAUUGCUGGAGAAGAUCAAGACACCUUCACCUUGAGAAUUUCACAUGUUCCUGGAAUUAUAUCAGCAUGGUCAACUUCAGUGAUGAUCACAGUUUUUCUUUUUGGAGCCUUUGUUGUGGUGACCAUAUUGUUGCUUAUCUUUUAUAAUUAUAAAGAGGCACACAAGUAUGAAAUACAGUGGAAAAUCAUUGAGGUGAACGAUGGGAACAACUACACCUUCAUUGACCCCUCCCAACUUCCAUAUGACAAAAAACUGGAGUUUCCUCGAAAUAAGCUCAAGCUUGGACAAGUUUUGGGAGCAGGAGCUUUUGGGAAGGUGGUGCAAGCAACUGCUUAUGGGCUCAAAGACGAAAAUGUUACUAGGGUGGCAGUGAAAAUGCUCAAGCCUAGUGCCUGCUUUGAAGAAAAAGAAGCGCUCAUGUCUGAACUGAAGAUCUUAAGUUAUAUUGGACCGCAUGACAAUAUAGUCAAUCUUCUGGGGGCGUGUACUCAGGAAGGCCCGAUGUUGAUGAUAACGGAGUACUGCUGCCACGGUGACCUCCUCAACUUCUUGCGUCAAAGAGCAGAAACAUUUGUGAACACUGUUCUGGGUGUUCAAAGUUUUUCAAAGGAUUUAAACCUCUACAAGAAUGUAGCAGUUCAAAGGAGCCAUUCUACAUGUGAAAAUGGGGUCACUCACUCUGUCUCUGACAGCUACCAGGACACACAAUCAUCACAACUGUCAAAAGACUUUAGUCGGGGAUCCUAUAACAGAGGAGGGGUGGACACAUGGGCAUUGGAUAAUAUCGAUUUGCUGAAGUUCUCCAAACAGGUGGCACAGGGAAUGGACUUCCUUGCCUCCAAAAAUUGUAUUCACAGAGAUUUGGCUGCAAGGAACAUUCUGGUGACUGACUGCCGUGUUGUCAAGAUAUGUGAUUUUGGCCUUGCACGAGACAUCAUGAAUGAUUUAAAUUAUGUGGUAAAGGGGAAUGCACGACUCCCAGUAAAGUGGAUGUCACCUGAAAGCAUUUUUGAAUGUGUUUAUACAGUACAGAGUGAUAUCUGGUCAUAUGGCAUCCUUUUGUGGGAGAUAUUUUCCCUGGGUAUGAGUCCUUACCCCAAUGUUGUGAUUGAUGCACGAUUCUACAAGAGGAUUAAAGAUGGUUAUCACAUGUCACAACCAGAUUUCGCACCUCCUGAGAUUUACACAAUUAUGAAAAUGUGCUGGAGCCUGGACCCAACUCUGCGACCCACCUUUGAUAACAUCACAGAGCUUAUUGCCAAGUUAUUGCCAAAGCAAACCAGUCAGCAGGUCAAUGAGAACAUGUAUCAAGAGCUUCAGAGGGAACUGAUGGCAAAACAGUCCAACUCAGCCAAGGCCUGUCCAGAGUCACUGAGCAGAGAGGAGGCCAAGCCUUUAAUGAUGAGCAUUUUGACCUGACAUUUGAAAACGAGAAAAUGACAAUUUUGUCAUAUCUAUAUUCAGAACUAGAGCUAACAAGAUGAGUAGAAUUUGUAAAUACUGUAUUGUGUAAUCUUUAUAUUGAUUACUGCACGACAUCAUGUUUCUUUUAUAGCAGAUCCUUUAGAUUUUUAACCAAACUAUCAUAUCUAACACAUUAUCAAGCUAACAGCUUUUCCAUAGUAACUCUAAGUAUGUUUAUCCUUCCUUAUUUUCCCUUUUUGUGCAUUUUGCAUGCAGAAACCUUUUCUUUUCAUGCGUCACUGAUUGUUGGGAGUUGAUUAAUAUCUGUGAUUGUCAGUUUUCAUUGGUGUUGACUCAGAACUCCUUAUUUUUUAGUCCUAUCUGAAAUCAAGAGUAAAGUACAGUACAUUGUAAAUAUUCAAAUUCGACAGACAACAUUACCAAAUGAAGCUAUGCAACCUAAUACAGUACAUGUGGUUAAAGUACAGUACAAAUAUUAAAUGCAAACAUGAAAUAUACAGGUUACCUAAAUAUGCUAAUUAUACAAUUUAACAAUGUAUAUUCAUUUAUAUAAUGCAUGUUAUCCAAAAAAAAUGUCCAAACAAUAAACAAGUGUUUGAAUAAAGGCAGUAUA